GGGGGAGGCUUCUGUGAGAAAGAACAUGGGGUUGCCCUUUGCCAGACACAGCCACCUUCUGCUGGUGCCAGCGGACCCGCUGCUGGCAAAGCUGAGCACGUCACUGAUGCUGGAAAAUACGAGAGAAACAGCUGUACAGACACCAAGGAUAGUGAGGAAAGAGUGGGAGAGGGUGGUCCAGAGGAAAGAUGGCAGAAGACCAGCCGCACCUGUGCAUUCAGAUGUCAGACUCGAAUACAAAUGGCAUCCCCAGCAGAAGGCCGUCCUCGCCAGACUUAGCUGGCAGGGCAGGGACCGUGCUCACUUUCCACAACAUCUGCUACCGUGUGAAGAUGAAGACCGGGUUCCUGUGCUGUCGAAAAACAGCCACUAAAGAAGUUUUGAGAGAUGUCAAUGGCAUCAUGAGACCUGGACUGAAUGCAAUUUUGGGACCCACUGGCAGUGGUAAAUCUUCGCUACUUGACAUUUUGGCUGCAAGGAAGGAUCCCCAUGGGCUUUCUGGUGACAUUUUGAUCAAUGGAGCUCCUCAGCCUGCCAACUUUAAAUGUACCUCUGGGUACGUAGUACAGGAUGAUGUGGUGAUGGGAACCCUGACUGUAAGAGAAAAUCUGACGUUCUCAGCAGCACUUCGCUUGCCAAAGUCAGUGAAGGAACAGGAAAAAAAAGAACGGGUGGAUCAGAUUAUCAAGGAACUGGGUUUGAGCAAAGUGGCAGAUUCCAAGGUUGGCACCCAGUUCACUCGUGGGGUGUCCGGAGGAGAGCGGAAAAGGACCAAUAUUGGGAUGGAGCUCAUCACAGAUCCUGCCAUCUUGUUUUUGGAUGAGCCAACUACUGGACUUGAUGCCAGCACUGCUAAUGCUGUUCUACUGCUACUGAAAAGGAUGUCAAAACAAGGAAAAACAAUAAUCUUCUCCAUCCACCAGCCUCGGUACUCCAUAUUCCGACUGUUUGACAACCUGACCCUGCUGGCUGCAGGGAGAGUGCUGUUCCAUGGGCCAGCCCAGCAUGCCAUUGGGUACUUCCAGUCCAUGGGCUACCAGUGCGAGCCGUACAACAACCCUGCUGACUUUUUCCUGGACGUCAUCAAUGGAGACUCCACCGCUGUGGCAAUGAACAAGAUUGAUGAGAUUAACACAGCAGAGAGCACUGAAGAACGCACUGAAUAUGAUAAAACCUUGGCUGAGCACUUAGCAGAAAAAUACUCCAGCUCUACCUACUACCAAGAAACAAAAGCACAAUUAGAGAAUAUUUCUUUGGGAAAUAAAAAGAAAACCAAAUCAGUUUUCCGACAAAUCACAUAUGCCAAUUCCUUCCUUCAUCAGCUGAAAUGGGUGUCCAGGCGCACAUUUAAAAAUAUGAUAAGAAACCCUCAAGCUUCCAUAGCUCAGGUGUGUGUUACGGCUUUUCUGGGACUGGUUGUAGGUGCCCUUUUCUUUGGACUUAAAGAGGACUCCACUGGACUACAGAACAGAGUGGGUGCAAUGUUCUUUCUGACCACCAACCAGUGUUUCAGCAGCAUCUCAGCUAUUGAACUCUUCGUUGUGGAAAAAAAGAUAUUUAUACACGAAUAUAUCAGUGGGUACUACAGAACAUCUGCGUAUUUCAUCGCAAAGCUAAUGGCUGAUUUAAUACCCAUAAGGACUCUACCAAGCAUCAUCUUCACCUGUAUAGUUUACUUCAUGUUAGGUUUGAAACCAACAGUAGAAGCCUUCUUUACAAUGAUGUUUACCCUUAUGAUGGUGUCCUACACAGCCACUUCUAUGGCUCUAGCCAUUGCAGCAGGACAGAGCGUGGUCGCUGUAGCAAACCUACUCAUGACUAUCACAUUUGUUUUUAUGAUUCUUUUCUCUGGGUUGCUGGUCAAUCUCCCAAGUGUCAUGCCCUGGCUCUCCUGGCUCAAAUACUUUAGCAUCCCUCGAUAUGGAAUGACAGCUUUACAAAUCAAUGAAUUGAAGGGUCUGAACUUCUGCGGCAGCAUUAACACCACAGUUUUAAGCAGCGAUGAUAGCUAUCGACAAAUGAGCCCGAUGUCGUGUACUGGAGAUGACUACCUGAAAAGGCAAGGCAUUGAUGCGAGUACCUGGGGCCUGUGGCAGAACCACCUGGCACUUGCCUGCAUGUCAAUAAUAUUCUUCACCAUUGCGUACCUGAAACUGCACUUCAUGAAGAAGUUCUCUUAAAAUCAGAAGAAGAGAUGCAAUUUCCACUCUUCAGUAGUUUGAUCAAACUGACUGUGCAACUGACUCGAUUAUUUUUAUAAGAGGCCUUCCUUUGUACUUUUAUGAUGACACAAGUCCACAAUGUGAAUGCCAUCCUUGUAUGUUAUAUUAAAUACUUACUAUUAAUGUACUUUGCCGAAAUAUCUAGCAAGACUCAGUCCUCCCUGCCACAAAAAGUGUACAACUAUU